AAACACUGAAAUCGAAUCGCGUUGGUAUCUGAAAAAAAUAUCCUGAAUGAACAUGUGAAGUGAUACACCCGCAAAGCGUUAGAGCACACUACCCAUGUACAUAAACGCAUCUGUAAAAUAUCAGCAGGUCUCCUUCGGCGCUGUUAUGAAUUAAAUGUUUGGCCCACUCUGUAGAUCCAGAGACUUAAGCCUAUUGGUUCCCUCACUUCAGAUGACGGCGUCUUCAUAAAACAACGAUAUUUUACGCACUUUUUAUUGGCGCGUGCAUGCGACGCGUUUUUUUGCCGACCGCUUAGUCUAUUAGUCAGCGACCAAAAAUAUCAGACGCUUUUAAUCACACCGUGAAAUAUUUCUCUCCCAACAAGUUGUUACCGAUGAAGGACAGCAAAACAAGAAUGGAAGAUAACAUUAAAAAUGAGUUAAAUCUGCUUGAACGCUUCAUUAAAGUUAUAGAGGAAAGUCGACAAAUAGAAUGUAUUCAGUUGCUUAAAUGUAUGGAAGAAUGCAAAAAGAAAUGGCUUCAAACACAACUAGAACUAAAGACUUGCAAGGAGAAUUUGUUGAAGACGGAUAUGGAUAAAUCAGCACUUGAGGUCAAAUUGAAACAUGCCCGCAAUCAAGUUGAUGUAGAGAUGAGAAAACGCCACAAAGCAGAAAGCGAUCUUGAGUAUUUGAAACGACAAAUGCAGUUAAUUUGUGAUAUACUUAUGUAUGAUGGACAGUCUAGUGACCUGCUUAAUGACGAACAGAAAUCUUUACUCGCCAACUUCAACAACAGAGGUGGCAUUGGUUUAAUUCUUCCUUCUAACAAAAGAUUAUCAGUUAUUGAUGAGUCCUGCAAUUCAACAUUGUUUCAUUCUGAUAUUAGUUAUGACCGCACUGAUGAUGACCUGGAUUUGGAGACAUCCGUCAUUAAACAUUUAAAACCAAGGCCACGUGAUAGAAGACGUACAUCAUUCGCUCCUGCUGCUGGCCUUCCAGUACAACCAAAGCGCUGCCGGCCCAGUGGUUGUUCAGGAGAUUUGUUUGUUGCCACGACUACUGAAAAUAUAAAGGAAUGCAUAGUUAGCAGAACUACGGUGAACAUGCCAGAAAACAGUGGCUCAAGUAAAGAAGUAUCAGCCUUAGAAACUGGGCCCAAGAGAAAAUCAUUCAGGAGCAGACAACUUUCCACAAUUACAGAGCAAACAACUGUGUGGACUGCCAGUGAAGAAUCCGUGAAUGUGACAUGUGCAGAAAAUGAAACUGUUACUAAAGUCAGAUCCAGCGGUUCAGUGUUCUCAACCGAGGAAACAGCUGUACAUAGGCAUAUUUUUGUGUCCAAAACAGUUAUUCGUCCAGAAACAUGUAUUACUUGUGAAAAGAGGAUAAAGUUUGGGAAAAUGGCUGUCAAGUGCAGAGAAUGUCGUAUGGUAGCACAUCCUGAGUGUAAGGAUCAGUGUCCUCAACAAUGCAUGCCAGGAUGCUCUUCAUUUGCUCUUCCAAAUAGCAAGUGCACUCUUUCAGAUUAUGUUUCUCAAUCUUCCCCAAUGAUCCCUUCAUUAGUUGUUCAGUGUGUAAAUGAAAUUGAGAAAAGAGGAUUACAAGAGGUUGGAAUUUACAGAGUACCUGGCUGUGAUCGCAUAGUGAAAGAACUGAAAGAGAAGUAUGUUCGUGGGAAAGGAUUACCUCCUUUAGGCAAAGUAGAAGAUAUCCAUGUAGUCUGUGGGCUGCUCAAAGAUUUUCUAAGAAAAUUGAAGGAACCUAUUGUUACCUUCCGUCUUCACAAGACAUUCAUCAAUGCAGGUCUCCUUAACAACACAGAUGAAAGUAUAGCAGCCAUAUGCCAGGCGAUUGAAGAGUUGCCCCAGCCAAACAGAGAUACCUUGGCUUUUAUUAUUUUGCACCUUCAACGAGUAAUGAAAAGUCCGGAUUGCAAAAUGGAUCUAAAUAACCUCUCCAGAGUUUUUGGCCCCACUAUUGUGGGUCAUUCCGUGCCUGACCCAACCCCUGUGGAGAUUAUGAGGGAGACAGCUGAACAGCCUAAGGUAGUAGCUCGUCUUUUGUCCCUGUCUGAAGAGUAUUGGAAACAGUUUCUAAUGGUGGAGAAUGAUCAAGUAAUUUCAUCAGUGAUUAAUACUAACAUCAAUACUCAAGGUAACUACAUGGAAAAAGGUCGUCUGUUUAAGCCUUUGACUUCUCCUGAGAUGAACUGUUUCCAUAAAACACCAUCUUCAGGUUCUCUAUGUAGCAUACUGACAUCUAACAGUGGAACUGCCUCGACUCCCUUACUUAGCAACAAAGCAAAAUCAGAACAAGCUAAGAAAAAGUUCUUCACAUCUCCUACCUUAAAAUAAAUCAUUGGACAGAUUACGGCAGUGCUGAUUGUAAACAUGUAGUGGCAGCAAAUGUUUCUAGCAGCAAAAAAACUUCAGUAAAACGUAAAGCUAACAAAUCACAGUACGUGAAUAUUUAAACAUCGGUAAAAGUAAAUAAUAUGUUCCAACUUUACUACCAAGUUUUCCUGUGAUUGAUGUUUGUGUUGUUUUUUAAUGUUUGUAGCUCAUUAUAGGGCAAGGAGCUGAAAUGAGAGAGCACUUGAAAUAUAUACUAAUAUGCUGAUAUGGAAAUCCAAGUAUAUAGUAUAAACUUUUCACCUUUUAUUUCUGCCACAUGCAGAGCAGAUUUUGUGGUGUAUUUUUUUUUUUUUUUUUUUGUCAACAAUUGCACAGAGGUGGUAUUUUACAUAAUUUAAUACACG